UCGUUGAUAGAUAAAUUAAUCGAGUGCAGAUAGUUUGACUUUUUCGAAAGGAGUUGGUUAAUAUAUAAGAAAAGUUUGUUUUAUUAUUUUUUUUUAUGAGUGAAAAAAUGAAUUGACCGGAAUAUAUUUAGGCGUAGUAAAGCCGAAUUUAUUGGCUUUGUCAUAGAAGAAUAAGAAAAAGAAAGGAAAAAUUUGCAAGAAAGCGAGGUGAGUUGGUCGAGUGCAGAAACAGGGAUAUAGACGAGAGGAAAAGCGUAUGACUCGAUUGACGAACUCCAAUCGCGCGAGAGCGACAUUCAUAAUAUGGCGUCUGGCGUCGUUGCAGGCUUGGUCGUCUGCAUCGCAUUUCAUUUCUUACCUCAAAUAUCGGGAAAAUUGGAUGAAGAGACUCGAGUCGUAAAUAUAACUACUUCUAAUCAUUCGGCCAAUUCUUCUUGGCAUUCGGUUUUAUCAAUUCCGGCCGAUCGAACGGUUAUUUUGUAUCUUUACGGUAAGGGGUUCGGCGACCGGACUAAGUUCGCCUUUACCUCUUUACCUGGAAAACUGGGAGAAGAAUGCGUCGACGAUGAUCGACAUUUAUUGUCCAAGAAUAGAAGGUUGUCGAAUUCCGCUAAAGACACGGAGACCGAAUUGGAAGUAUCGUUACCGCUUCUUCCACCCGGCACUUACUACUAUUUGUGUGUCAAAAACCCUCCGGUAUCGUCUGCUGGCUUCGUUAAAGAAGCUUCUCCCUGGAUUCAUCAAGGAUCCUUCGUCAAAAUAAGAACUUUCUCCGAAGAAAUCAGUGAUACCUAUGGCAUACAUGCUGAAAAUGUGACUGCUGAAAUUUAUGGUAUUCGUGCUGAAGGGAAUAAAGUUUCACUUUCUUCCGAAGGAAUAGUGAUAAUUCAAGAAAAUACAGACACUUUAAUUAGAUUAUUUGGAAGAAACUUUACUACAUAUACUUCAGUAGCAUUGACUACUACUGCAGCUGUUCGUGGAAACAGAUGCAAUGAAAUGCCUAUAGAAGAAAUCCGACAUAUUGAAAAAACAAAUUUUAUGAAUGAAAACGUUGUAAAGUUAAAAGUGAAAUUAAGAAUAUCGCCUGGUAAAUAUUACUAUUUUUGUGUUAAGGAAGGGCAGAAUUCUAAAGACUCUAUAAACUGGAUACAUCAAGGAAAAGAUCCUUGGUUGUUAAUUGAAGUUCAGGGAAGAAUCCUUCCAUUAUGGGUACAGAUUGUUUUAAUUAUUCUAUUGUUGUUGUUAUCUGGAUUAUUCAGUGGACUUAAUUUGGGUCUUAUGGCUCUUGAUAAAAAUGAAUUGCGUGUUAUAGAAAACUGUGGUACAGAAACAGAAAAAAAAUAUGCCAGAACUAUAUCACCAUUAAGAAAAAGAGGGAAUUAUUUAUUAUGUUCUCUUUUAUUAGGAAAUGUGCUUGUAAAUAGCACUUUAACAAUAUUACUUGAUGAUUUAACUUCAGGGAUUAUAGCUGUAAUUGGCUCUACAAUUAGUAUUGUUUUAUUUGGAGAAAUAAUUCCACAAGCAAUUUGUUCAAGACAUGGCCUUGCUAUUGGUGCUCAAACAGUACUUAUUACAAAAUUUUUUAUGAUAGCAACAUUUCCUUUAUCAUUUCCAAUAAGUAAAAUAUUAGAUUUUGUUUUAGGAGAAGAAAUAGGAAACGUAUAUGAUAGAGAAAGAUUGAUGGAAUUUAUAAAAGUAACAAAAGACUAUAAUCAAUUAGAAAAUGAAGAGGUUAAUAUAAUUUCAGGUGCUCUAGGUUUAAAAAAUAAAACAGUUGCUGAUGUGAUGACAAAAGUUGAAGACGUUUUUAUGAUUUCACACGAUGCUAUUUUAGAUUUUGAAACAAUGUCGGAGAUAAUGAAGCAAGGAUAUACUCGAAUUCCUGUAUAUGAAUCAAAUAAAAAUAAUAUAGUUGCUCUUCUUUUUACUAAAGAUUUAGCAUUUAUUGAUCCUGAUGACAAUACUCCAUUAAGAACAGUUUGUGAAUUUUAUAAUCAUCCCAUUACCUAUGUGUUUGAAGAUGAAACAUUAGAUACUAUGCUUGAUGAAUUUAAAAAAGGUAAUUGUCAUAUGGCCCUUGUACGUCGUGUUAAUAAUGAAAGUGAUCUUGAUCCAUUUUAUGAAAUGAGUGGAGUAGUGACAUUAGAAGAUGUGCUAGAAGAAUUACUACAAUCAGAAAUUGUAGACGAAACAGACAUUUUGACUGAUAAUAGAAGAAAACAACGAAGGAAAGAAACACAAUUGAAGCAAGAUUUCUCUGACUUUGCUAAACUUGGAAGUGAGCAACAAGGAAAACAUAUUAUUUCAUCACAGUUGGCAUUAGCAACAUUCCAAUAUUUAUUGACCUAUCUUCAUUUUUGA